UGCGCCAGGGCAGCACGGCUGGAUUAUAUAACUGAUAAAGAAAUGGAUCAGGGUGGACUAAAGCGCAACGGUAAUCAAGACGACAGCCUGACAUUUGGGGUGACAGGAGCCGGAGUAGGCAAAGAUACGGAUGACGCAGCUGGUUCACAGCUCCAGUCUGCAACGCACCUGUCUGGCCCCGGAUCUCUGCCCCAGCCCACAGUGACCCCAAAUGGACAGGGUGAAACCAAAGACCAGGGGGAGCUUGGAGGACUCUUUGAGUCCUCUCAGCAUCAUGUCCCAUAUGAGGGGUCAGACACAGAGGAGGGUAAAAUCAUCAAAAUGCAGAAACAACACAAGGAUAUUGGUGUUUUCAACAUGGAGGACAACUUGCCGCUGUUGAAACAGAGUAUUUCCGAUCCCAACCAGAUGUCCACCUCUGUCAUCAGCACCUCAGUCUCCUCCAUCCUUGGCAACCUCCCUCUGUCCAACAUUUUUUCCCAGCACAUCAAGCAGGAGGGGGAUUUUUCUCUGGAUAAAGACUUGGAAACUUACAGCGGGCACACAGUCGCUGUUCCGUGUGAUCUGGAUUGCAACAGCAGUGGUCUAAUCGAGGAUUCCGAGAUUUGGCAGGACCUGGACCUCUCUGAUUCUCUGCCAGAAAUCAGUGAUUUUGAGUUGGAUUCAGAAGUGGCACACUUGGAUAACACUAAAUUACAGCAGGGGGGGUGGUGGUUCGGUCAGUGGCUUGCUCAAGAACAAAGCCUAUCGUGGGAUGGAGUAAACUGUACCAAUGCGAACGGCACGGGCCAGCAGCACCACCCCAUAACCCAGCAGCACCGCCUUCUACAGCACCAGCAACAUCAGCUUCACCAUCAGCAGCAGCCUGCAUCACUUCUCUCCAGCGUUAUGAUUAAGGAAGAGAAGGAUCCCGGCGACUCUUUCACCCACAUCCGUACUCCCGGUGUUGUGAAACUGGAGAAGCAGGACAGCGCUGGUUGCUGCCAGUCGCAGUGUUUCCAGAGCAGCAUGAGCUCUCUCCAUGGAGGAGGCGCCAUGCCCUCGUCUAUGGCCCUCAGUGCAGGACCUAGCUACCACUACAGAGCCAACCCGUCCUCCACAGUGUCCCGACAAGACCAGGAGCCUUUUGGCAAUUACCCAAACCUCCCUCUGGUGGGGGAGAACUGGGGCAGGGGCAACAGUUUUGGAGAGUUGUCCGGGUUACAAAGGGGUGACGAUGGGAUCCCCUCUGCCGCAGCCGUGGCAAAUUUUUCUGUCAGCUUCUCCAGCUUGUCAACCAGAGCAGGAGAGACCAGCAGUUCUGUGGUGCCGAGCCAAUCCAAGCCCAGUGGGCAGACGCAUAAGAUCUGUUUGGUGUGUUCAGACGAGGCCUCUGGGUGCCACUACGGGGUUGUAACCUGCGGCAGCUGCAAAGUGUUCUUCAAGAGGGCCGUCGAAGGAUGGAGAGCACGACAAAAUACAGAUGGACAGCAGAACUACCUGUGUGCAGGGAGAAAUGACUGCAUCAUUGAUAAGAUCCGGAGGAAGAACUGUCCAGCCUGCCGCUUCAGGAAAUGUCUUCAAGCUGGAAUGAACUUGGAAGCGAGGAAAAACAAGAAGAUGAUGAAAGUGCCGCGGCCCCCCCACCCGUCCCCAGUCGUCCCCACCAUGCUGUCUAUGCUUAAGGCCAUCGAGCCAGAGGUAAUCUACUCGGGCUAUGACAGCACACUGCCUGACACCUCCUCGCGGCUGAUGACCACUCUCAACAGGCUAGGGGGACAGCAGGUCAUCUCUGCAGUCAAGUGGGCCAAGUCCCUGCCAGGUUUCCGCAACCUGCACCUGGAUGACCAGAUGACAUUGCUGCAAUGCUCCUGGCUCUUCCUCAUGUCCUUCAGUCUCGGUUGGAGGUCCUAUGAGCAGUGUAACGGUACCAUGCUCUGCUUCGCCCCUGAUCUCGUCAUCAACAAAGAACGUAUGAAGUUGCCCUUCAUGAACGACCAGUGUGAACAGAUGCUGAAAAUCUGUAAUGAGUUUGUCAGACUGCAGGUGUCCUAUGACGAGUACCUGUGCAUGAAGGUCCUGUUACUGCUCAGUACAGUACCGAAAGAAGGCCUGAAGAGCCAGGCAGUGUUUGACGAGAUCAGGAUGAUGUACAUCAAGGAGCUGGGAAAAGCCAUUGUCAAGAGAGAGGAGAAUGCUAGUCAGAACUGGCAGCGUUUCUACCAGCUAACUAAGCUACUGGACUCCAUGCAGGAGAUGGUCAAGGGUCUUCUCCAGAUCUGUUUCUACACCUUUGUGAAUAAAACCUUCAGUGUGGAAUUCCCAGAGAUGCUGGCAGAGAUCAUCACCAACCAGAUACCAAAAUUCAAAGACGGGAGCGUCAAGCCUCUGCUGUUUCAUCAGAAAUGAUUGCCUUAAAAUGUGAAGCAAUGCCUUAAAUCCUGCCCUGCCCGUGUACCUCUCUGGGGCCCCAAGCUUUCACCCCAAGCCCUAAGCCUUUGCUUGUCCUGCCUCCCCCAUCACAUUCGAUUCCUCUGUUUUCCCAGUCCCUCUUCUAGGAGCUCUGCCAUGCCCAUCCAAGCCUCAGCCAUUCAGCCUUAUCAUGGAGCACAAUACCUGUGGCCUCACACCUCCCAAUCUGGUCCCAGGUUGGGCCAAAUUUCGGUAAAACACCCUACCGACCUGUAGCCCUUCCUCUUGGCUAACCAAGAAUAAAUUGUUCUCCAGGGAAAAUGUGUUUGCUCUGAAUGUCCUGUGGGCAGGAUGCAUUUUAGGCAAUCUAUUUUUUAUUUUUCUUACCCCCUCCUCCGUCCAGGGCCCUGUCCUCAGGUUUCUAAUGCUGUUUCUUUUGUUGGCCGCCUGCUUCUUACUCUCUCCUGACUCUAGUGUUUUAUUGCUGUUUUUACUGACAAGCCAACACCUGGAAACACCUUUCCAUCCUCAACAUGACACCUUAUAUCCUGUCCAACUCGCUGGAUUAGAAACCUAUUGAAGCUCCUUCCAAGUUCAAGCCUACUGUACCUCUGCUCACCUGCCCCGCUUGUCUCUGUUUGCCCUCCCUAGCUCCAAUGCGCAGAGAAUGUAGUGAGUGUUCACUUGUUGUAGUUUCCAGAGGGCUGUUGGUGAUGAAGGGGAUAAACAAAAACACAAAAAAAUUGGAAAAAUAUUUUUUCUUCUGGACCCAAGGACAUUGAGGACUAACAGUUUGAAGCUAUGAAUCAGAUAACAUUUCUGAAAUGAUAUGCAUCAGAUUCAUAUACCUGACCAAUGGAAGAAACGCUCUAGGAAUUUAUUCAUUUAUUUUAUGCAGACACGCAUUUUUGACCACACAUGCAAAAGUCACGCUUACGCACACACACACACACACACACACAAACACACACACACACAAACAUUCAAAGUAUUCACAGACAUAUUCACUCAAAAAAACAUUUACACAGGAUGUAACUGAGAAGGGAAAAACAGUGCCUUUUAGUUAUUAAUGCUCUUCAUAGCCAUCCUCUCUGAACGGUGUUUUUUUUGCAUAAGAAUCUAACUUUGACAUAUUGUUUCUGUUUUUGUUUUUCCACGCUGGUAGCUUUCUCUCCAAGCAGCCGUUUCUUUUGUCCUGAUCCCCAGAUAUGCAUGUAAGGAACACAGCCUAUGGUACAGAUUAGAAAUGCAUAGAGCAGUUUGAAAUAGCUUAAUUUUGCAUUUUCAAAUUCACAGAAAAAAAAACAGGGAAAGUAUAAAACAAAAAAUGCUGUUCAUGUCCCAAAACACAUUUUAUGUGUGUCUCUUUUUCUCAUGUAGAGUAUAUAUUUGAUAUAUAUACACACACACACAUAUAUACUGCAUCUCCCAAAAAGUAUCACAUGGUUAUACAAAGUUACAGUACCCAGAUUAUAUCAACGCAUAUAAUGUUAAAUACACAUCCACAUACUUUACCAAGCUUAUAAGAAAGUGCAACCACAUUGGUGCUAAAUGGACACUACUGGAAUAAACAAGGCUUAUCUGAUGUUUUGUAAUAUUUUGGGGAGGUGUUUAACAUGUUUUUAGAUCUCACUAUAAUCAGUGAGUUGUUAAUUGGAAUCAAAUUUGUUUACAGACUUUUGCAAUUUAUUCAGAUGCAAUCGCACAUAUGGGUUUUUAAAAUUAAAUUGCCUUUGAAAGAAACAUCCAAGGCAUCUGUGUGUUAAUACAUAGCCGUAAUGAUUCAAGCAAACCUGGCUUAAAGUUAAAAUCGUCCUUUUAUUGCCAGCUGCUUUUACGCUAGGGUUCUAGUUUAGUAAAUGGUUUAAAACAACUUUACUUUAAAAUGGGGACUUACCUGGCCAAUCCCAGUAAGGUCAAAUGGGAAUGGAAAUUAUUUCAUGGUGUGUGUUGUAACCAACAGGAGUAAUAGACUGGUUGGAUUUUCAAAAUAAGGUACCACAUAUGUUUUACUCCUAAAAGGUAAACAAAAACACAUAUUAUUUGUGACAAAAGUAUUGUUUCACUCAAAAUACCAUUUUAGAUAAAAUAUACCUUUUAAUCAGCUUCACCUCAAAUUGCAUAGGAAGUGGGGUUAUUAAGUUGUUGAGCUCAACAUGGCUGAAAAGGUAAAUAAAUAUAAUUUAUAUACAUACAUACAUACAUACAUACAUACAUACAUACAUACAUACAUACAUACAUACAUACAUACAUACAUAUAUAUGUUUUGUAUAUGUGAUGUAAAAAUACAUGCACCCAUAAUUGAUGGAACAAGAUUUCACCUCCUAAAUUGAAGUAAUUUUGGAAGAAGAUGCAGUUUGGUCCCAAUAAUUUGUGAAUCAAUGUUCAGGCUAUGAGUGACUUCAUCACUUGUAUGUAUUCCACUAGUGCCAAAUGUUAUAUCAAGUUUUUAUAAGUUUUUUCCUGGAGAUGUAAAAGAUUAUUCAGUUAAGAUUCAACAUUAGUUUUUUUUUUGUAAUUUUGCUUAAGAGUGCUCAUUUAUGAGAAAGAUCUUUGUUCAGUGUCACACCUACACCAGCUUAAAAGUACUGAUUGUUAUCAUCCAAGUUAAGUGUAUGAUUGAUGAUUUUUGUUGUUAAGAUGCACAAAAUAUUGUAUUUUUGAAAUUGCAAAGUAAGCAGUAAUAUAUACUGUUGUCAAACAGGUGGAGGAGGUCAACAUUUGGUUUACACUUAAUAUGAACAUGAUGUUUGUGAAGCAAAGUACAUUAACAGUGCAGUUGUACAUGGCCCCCCCUCCCCUCCUUUAUUAUCCUUAGUAUUUCUUGUAACUGCAACUGCCAGGCCCCUCUGCCUAAAAUGUCUACCGUACAGAUUUUCAACCAUUUACCCUGAAUGGUACUCAUCCCUCCGCGGUGCAUAACUCUGAAUGGCAGUUAACAGACCAGGUAGCAGGUUGCCAUGGAGAUUGGUCAUUUGUGUUACUUACAGCUAACAGCACAGUAGACUCUGGACGCAUACAAGCCACUAUUCAAUAAGAGCCAUCAUGUAUUUAAUCAGCCAUUCUGCCAAAGGAUGGCCAAUCACAGCAGGGUUGUUUCUUGUACACUGCAGGCUUUCAGCUUCACUCGCUAACUCAGCCUUGUGGGGAUUGAUGCCGCUCACGUCAAUGUUGAUUUUUCUAGGGGAAAAUUUGACUUAACAGUCUAUUUUAUUUGGGUGACUUUUGCAUACAGUAAUACAGUUGUUUUCCAGGUGGUGGUGCUUCAGAAAACCAGCUUUAGCGUGUAGAUGUAACCAUAUCCCUGCUCAUUUCUAAAUGGCCAUAGAUGUAUAUAGCAGCGCCGACAUAUCCAGUGCAAUGUAAACAGUGUCUAUUAUUACAAAAUAUUUUUACAUGGACAUAACCUCUAUAUACAUUUUUCUUUUUUACCUUUCAACUACAUGUAAAGGCCUUGCGAAAGGGAGACCGAGAGCCAUAGAAAUACAAUUUUAAAUCAGGAAAUAGAAAAACACUUAACAAAUAUCAAUGCUUUUAGAGAUUGAUCUAUUGUAAAAAAUAAAUAAAUAAAAAAAAAAGACAAUAUUUUCUGUGAUUUUGAAUACAUCAGUUUGAUCUUCUUUGAUAUGAAUAAUUUUACCCAAUCCUUUUUGUACAUUGAACGAGUCAAGAAAGUAAAUAUUUUUCUGUUUGUGUUUGAUAAAGGUAGACGUAUUGAAUACAUUAGAAAGUGUUGAAGAUGUUUGUCUUGUGAAGUAAAUGUAAAUUCUACGAGUCAAUGGGAAAGUCUAUAUGAAUGCUCACUGUUUUAAAGCUUUAAGGAAACGAUGGAGAGGGAAGGAUGAAAGGUGAGACGAACUGGAGGAGGUUAUUGCAUUAUAUAAGAGUGACCAAAGCUGAGGAGGAAGAAAAGAUUUAACAAACAAAAAGAAGUAUUCAAGCAGUUACAUUUUAAGUAGCACUUAUUAUCCAACUUCUAGUACUUCUUAUUUUAUUUGAAAAGUAUCUUUUGUAAAGGUCCAGGCUUUGAAUCCCAUGUAUAUUGCUCUGAGGAUUUACCUGUCACUUUAAAAUAGAAAACGAAACAAAAAAAAAUUGAUUCUCCGUGUGAAAGCAAAUCUACCAGAGAUUGACGGAAUUGCACUACCCUCAUACUGGUUGAUAGUCUAUUUUGUAUAAAAUACAUGCAAAUAUUAUCUUUAAAGAUUAAGGGCAGACCAUGUUUCACUGGUACAUAUGGCUAUGACUUUUAAUGAAGUCUGUUUUGUUCGUAUUUCAGUUAUGUAAAUGUAAUCCAAUGUAAAAACAAACAAAAAAUAUAAAAUGUUUGUUUAAAAAACAAUAGUUUGUUUUGCUCCUCUUCUGUAGUCAGUGUCAAUAUUUUCACCUAUUUGAUUAAAUGUUGAAUUGAGUUAUCUGUGUUGUUCUUUGACAUUGGAUUUGGCAUUGUGUUGGUAACAACUUGGAUGAUGUUUUUGUCAUCACUGGAGAUUUGGAAGAACUGAUUUAUCAACAUCUUACACAAUAAAGUUUCCUGUUUUUCAAUGCUC